UUUUUAGACGCUCCCUAAGGUUUUUCCCAUAUACGGGGACGUUGUUGAGAGACCGUCUAUAAAUUGCGCUGUGGCUGCAGGAGCGCGCACUCACACCCUGUCAAACGCCGAGACUGACACCGAUCCGAUUCGCCCUCAGGAUGUCCAUCAGUAAGAUUCACGCUCGUGAAAUCCUCGACUCUAGAGGAAAUCCCACUGUUGAAGUGGAUCUUUACACAAGUAAAGGUCGUUUCCGGGCGGCUGUUCCCAGCGGUGCUUCCACUGGAGUUCAUGAGGCUCUGGAGCUCCGAGAUGGAGACAAAACCCGUUACCUGGGCAAAGGUACCCAGAAGGCCGUGGACCAUGUGAACAAGGAGAUCGCUCCCAAACUGAUUGAGAAGAAGUUCAGCGUCGUUGACCAGGAGAAAAUUGACAAGUUCAUGCUGGAACUCGAUGGAACCGAGAACAAAUCUAAGUUUGGUGCUAACGCUAUCCUGGGUGUGAGUCUGGCCGUGUGUAAGGCAGGCGCCGCUGAGAAGGGAGUCCCGCUGUACCGCCACAUCGCCGACCUCGCCGGAAACAAGGACGUGAUCCUCCCCGUGCCCGCGUUUAACGUCAUCAACGGAGGCUCUCACGCCGGCAACAAACUGGCCAUGCAGGAGUUCAUGAUCCUCCCCGUGGGCGCCAAGAACUUCCAUGAGGCCAUGAGGAUCGGUGCCGAGGUUUACCACAACCUGAAGAACGUCAUCAAAGCCAAAUACGGCAAAGACGCCACCAACGUGGGAGACGAGGGCGGUUUCGCUCCUAACAUCCUCGAGAACAACGAGGCUCUUGAGCUGUUGAAGUCUGCCAUCGAGAAGGCCGGAUAUCCUGAUAAGAUCAUCAUCGGCAUGGAUGUUGCAGCAUCAGAGUUCUUCAAGAGUGGAAAAUAUGAUCUGGACUUCAAGUCACCUGAUGACCCCAAGCGCCACAUCACUGGAGAGCAGCUGGGAGAUCUGUACAAGAGCUUCAUUAAGAACUACCCAGUCCAGUCCAUUGAGGAUCCGUUCGACCAGGACGACUGGGAGAACUGGAGCAAGUUUACAGGAUCUGUUGACAUCCAGGUGGUGGGAGAUGAUCUGACCGUGACAAACCCCAAACGCAUCCAGCAGGCGUGUGAGAAGAAGGCCUGCAACUGCCUCCUGCUUAAAGUCAACCAGAUCGGCUCUGUCACCGAGUCCAUCCAGGCUUGUAAGCUGGCUCAGUCUAAUGGUUGGGGUGUGAUGGUGAGCCAUCGCUCCGGCGAGACUGAGGACACCUUCAUCGCUGACCUGGUGGUCGGUCUCUGCACAGGACAGAUCAAGACCGGCGCCCCCUGCAGAUCAGAGCGUUUGGCUAAGUACAACCAGCUGAUGAGGAUCGAGGAAGAGCUCGGUGACAAGGCCAAGUUUGCGGGCAAAGACUUCCGUCACCCAAAACUCUAAACCAUCCAAGUUCCUCCAUCAGUACUGCAGCAUCACCAAUGUCCUUUUUUGAAAUGAGAAGUGAAUAAAAAAAGUGAAAGAAA